AAAGCCACGAACCCCCCGGUCCGCGCCUGCGCCGCCUUCCCUCUCCUGCCUUCUCCGCUUCAAAUUUGCGUAGCGUUGAUUUCACGCCCGGAUCUCACAACGCUCAAUCCAAACGCUAGCCGCAACCCUAACCCUAGCAACCGGUGAGUAAUGGCGCGCCCUAGGGGCAAGAAGCGCACGGCGCCCCGGGCGGCCGCCACUGAUUCUGUCCAGCCGGAGGCGGCGGCGACGGAGACAGCGGCGGCGGAGCCGGCAAAUCGGGGGCGGUGGAAGCGCGUCAAGGCGCCGCCCAAGCCCAAGCCCGAGACGGAUUACUUCGCCGAGAAAAGAAAUCUGGAGGAUCUAUGGUUAUCUGCUUUUCCUGUCGGUACUGAGUGGGAAAACAUUGAUAAGAUAAAGGAGUUCAACUGGAGCUUUGAAAAUUUAGAGAAAGCCUUAGAAGAAGGGGGCGAGCUUCAUGGUAAAACAGUUUAUCUGUUUGGAAGCACUGAGCCCCAACUAUUGGAUGUUAAUGGCGAAUCAAAGAUAGUGCUUAUUCCAAUCGUAGUUGCUGUAGACUGCCCUUUCCCUCCAUCAGACAAAAUUGGCAUAAACUCUGUCCAAAGGGAAAAUGAGGAAAUAGUGCCAAUGAAGGCGAUGAAGAUGGCAUGGGUGCCUUAUGUUCCCCUUGAGGACCGGCUUAGCAGGAUUGACAGUUUGAAAACAAAAAUAUUCACUCUCGGAUGCACGCAGCGGAGGUCUGCACUGAAGCAUCUCAAAAUUGAGAGAGUCAAGAAGUUUGACUACUGCAUGCCUUACUAUAUGCCGCUGCAACCUCUUGAAGACGAGAAUGACACUGUUAUCAGUUUCUUAUAUCCUCUAGAACCCCCGAUAGUAGAUGAGUUUGACUGGGAAAUGGACGAUUACGAGGAUUUUGCUGAUCAGAAAGUUCAAGAAGGUGGCCUGCCAGAGGAUGAGAAAGAAAAAUUCAAGGAGUUCCUGAAGGAGAAGGUUAGAGAAAGGAAGAGAGAGCUUAAACAGGCUAAAGAAGCCAGGAGGAAAGCUAUUGAUGAUAUGGAUCCUAAGGUGAAAGAGGCAUUCGAGAACAUCAAAUUUUACAAAUUUUAUCCUGUGAAAACCCCAGACACGCCUGAUGUAAACAAUGUAAAGGCGAGGUACAUCAACAGAUACUACAGGAAUGCCCAUUAUCUGAUGUGAUGGCUUUCCUUAUCGCACGUGCUUGGCGAGCUUGUCACUUGAGAGGAGUUGAUAUGAAAACAGUUCGGUGUUGUACUAGAGUUGGCCCCAGUUUUUCACCCCCCCUGGGCAUCUUUUGCUCUCCGGUGUAUACAAUCCUGAGGAUAGAUUAUUGUGUAGCACUAAGAGGGGCAAAGUAGUUUGAGACUAAACAAAUCAUUAAGGAACAAUUUGUUCCCUUUUCAUCAUCU